UGUUGGUGUGUGAAGAAACUACUGACUGAAGUCCACAAGAAGAUGAUGAUGGAGGAAGAGGAGGAAGACAGAGCAGAGUCUGCAGGAUCCAGCUGUCCGUCUGUGAGGAGUGACCGGUCCAAAGAUCCACCUCCAGGCUUCAGUGGUGAACCUGGACCAACGAGAGGUCAGAGGUCACAGUCUGCAGGAUCCAGCUGUCCGUCUGUGAGGAGUGACCGGUCCAAAGAUCCACCUCCAGGCUUCAGUGGUGAACCUGGACCAACGAGAGGUCAGAGGUCACAGUCUGCAGGAUCCAGCUGUCCGUCUGUGAGGAGUGACCGGUCCAAACCUGAACCUCCAAACUUCAGUGGUGAACCUGGACCAACGAGUCUGAGAGGUCACACAGAGACCCAGCAGCUAAAGCCUGGAUCAUACUGGCUGCUGUUACUCCAUCAGGACAACACUGAACCACAGUGGUGUGGAUGUAGUGGAUAAAUCCCACCAUACUGAUGCUCAGAUUUAAUCACAGGGAACAAAACCAGAUGUGACCUUCAGAUUGUGACCUUUGGAGUGGAUGAUGCAGAUUUCAAUAGAAAAUAAAUGUUGUUGUUUUUCAGCUGUGAAAAAAGAAUCUAAUUUUCUGAACUUAAGAAUUUAUGAUGCUGAAAAAACAUGGUGACAAUAACACAACAUUUCACUGUAUUCAUAGAAUGAAUGUAAAACUGUCAGACAUUCAUUAAAUAUGCAAAAUGUCCACAGAAGCAUCAGAGGGUCAGAUGUGAAGCACUCGGUGAUUUUGAUCAAAGGACUCAUCAGUUAUUGAUCUGUACUACACUGAUCUACCACGUUAGUAAAGCUGGUGUUCUGGUGGUGGAGAGACCUCGGAUCAUGUUCUGGUUUUGGAGCAGUGAUCUGCUGAUGGUUCAGUUCAAUGAGCUUCUUCAAAAUCAUCCCUGACAUCCCCACUGAAAGGACGUCCAUAUACUUACUAAAAAUGACCCAUAUUUUCACAAUCUGAGAGUUUAAAACUUGACAGACUUGAUUCAGAUGAAGUUAUUUGAGCAGAAACUCCUGGAUCUUUAUCCUGUGCUUGAUCUAAUCCUUCAUGGUUCCU